AUGGUCGUGAGCAACUCUAAAAGCGACGCCAGGAGAGCCUUAAGGCCCAACACAGAAGCUGGUCACCGGCGCCCACCACCUCUAAACCUGGAACUGCCCCCGCUUAACCACAUUGAGAGAGGCGGGAAAGGACACCAACCUAAAAGAUCCACUCUGCCCCUCCUAGCUCUCUGGGUGCGGCAAGGACAUUCCAACAAACCAAUCCACGAAGGCCAGAACCACCGCCAGAGGAGACCUACCACGGGGAAAGUAAAGGGUCAAACCAAACAAACCCCAGACAGUGCAACCUCCCAGUACCCACAUCUACAAACUAACGAGCUUUGUGUUCCGUGA